CCAAGUACCACUUCGCGUUGCGGCUCAUCUUGAAGCUCAUCGACGUGACCCGAUGUUGGGAUAAUGCGUGUUUGUCUGCCUCAGGAGCAAUAGACGGUCUCGACUUGCAAUUUGAGGAGCGUCAAGACUGGAAUUCGGAUCUGUGGUUUCGAAGAAUGGACCUUGGAUAACUCUUGUCCCAUCUCUGCCUAGCACGCGUCGCAACUCGCCUCUCCUCCCAGCCCACCGAGCGAGCGCCCUUGGACGAUGGCUGCAUUGACUCCGUAUACCUACAUCCAGUGCCCCUGUUCGGAUCCUGCCAACCUCGCCCGCCACAGCCACAGCGAUCCCACCACUCCCAGCGCGACAGAGGAGCUCGACGCCUUCGAGCGCCCCUUCGACCCGCGAGCCCCUCGUGCUGCCUACAGCCUCUACCCCCUCGAGUACCUGCUCUACUGCGAAGACUGCCACCAGAUCCGCUGCCCAAGAUGUAUCGCCGAGGAGAUUGUCACAUAUUUCUGCCCAAACUGUCUGUUUGAGGUGCCGGGGAGCAACAUCAAGAGCGACGGCAACAGGUGCACACGAAGCUGCUUCCAGUGCCCCGUCUGCGUGGGCCCGCUGUCCGCCACCGCCGUCGACCCUCCGCCGCCCUCCGAGUCCGAGAGCAAGGAGGCUUACUCCUCCGCCCUCCCGUCCUAUAUCCUUACCUGCUCCUACUGCCAAUGGACGUCCAGUGAGAUCGGGAUCAAGUUCGACAAGCCAAACGGCAUCUACGCGCAGCUCCAGAAAAUACGCAACGGCGGCAAGACGCGGCUGACGCCCAAGGAGCGCAGGGACAGGCGCAAGGAGGCCGUCACGGCCAGCAGCGGCGUGAGCUCGACCGCGCUGGGCUCGUCCGCCCUGCCGCCGAUAGGGGAGGACGCCCCGUCGGCGGCGAGCCCGCAGGCGCGCGCCGAGGCGGCCGAGGACCUCGACGUCGAGACCCAGUUCGCCAACCUCAAGGCGUUCUACCAGUCACAGCUCACGGACGCCUCCGAGAAGGGCAGCGGCCUGUCGUCCCUCGGGGAGAUGAGGCUCGGCUCGCCGGGGUCACUGUCGCGCAUCAUGAGCCUCUACACCGGCACGGGCCUUGUCGGCGACAAGAAGGCCAAGUCGCGUACCAGCUUGAUACGGGAGGCGCUCGAGCCCGAGGAGGGGCUCAAGGUCGCGGACCUGGACGAGACGAGGGCCAUCGAGCGCCUGCGCCGGUCGCGCUGGGACGAGACCGCGUCCGCCAGCCAGGCGGCGGCGCAGCCGCCCGCCAACGUGUGCGAGCCGGACCUGCACGGGCGGUCGCGCUUCGUCGACGAGCUGCGGCCCGUGGCCUACCUGCUGCGCACGAAGCGCUCCAAGCGGUGCCCCGUCUGCCGGCACAUCGUGUCCAAGCCCGAGGCGAAGGUGACCAACACGCGGUUCCGCAUCCGCCUCGUCGCGGGCAGUUACAUCCCCACCAUCUCCAUGCGGCCCCUGCAGGCGACGUCGCUCACGCAGAGCAUCUCGGGCAACCCGUUCGCGGCCACCACGUCCACGUCGAUGGCGCCAGCGGGGCCCCCCGCCCUGCUCGCGCCCCUCAGGCCCGUGCAGUACCUGCUCACCUUCAAGAACCCCAUCUUCGAGCCGGUGCGCGUCACCCUCGCCACGCCCUCCGUCACCCCGGGCCGCUUCGCGAGCAAGGUCACCGUGCUGUGCCCCGAGUUCGAGAUCGACGCCAACACGGACGUCUGGGACGAGGCGCUCAAGGACAGGCGGUCGCUGCUGCAGCAGCAGAUCCAGCAGCAGCAGCAGCAGCAGCAACAACAACAACAACAACGAGAGGACACGCCCGGCGGGGGCGGCGGCGGCGCGGGCCAGCCGUCCGUGGAGCCCGGCAAGGUGUGGGAGCGCGGCAGGAACUGGGUCACCAUCGUGGUGGAGGUCGUCCCCGCGAGCCUGGAGCUGGCGCGGACCAACGCCAGCCUGGUGCGCACGGGGGGGGGCGGCUGGGGGCUGGGCAUCAAGCGCGAGCUGGACAUGGGGCCCCUCCGCCCGGACGAGGACGUCCUGGAGAUACCGAUGUUUGUGCGCCUCGAGUGGGAGACGGACGCCGCCGCCGACGAGGGCCGGGCCGCCGACAGCAAGGGCGACGGGAGGGAGAAGAGGGAGCUUGCGUAUUGGUGUGUGAUGGGGCUGGGGAGGAUCUCCCAGGAUUGAUUGAGCGACGUGUGGGCGUGCAUGGGCGUGGGAAGAGAAGAGAAGCAAAAGAAAAAAUCUACUGAAGCGAGUUUGCAAGCAUUAGCAUUUGAGACAAAGGUCACGAUACCCUGAACGGACAAGCAUGAUUUGCGCGUGAAAACUUGUACGGCAGCAGAUUGAACAACGCUACCGACGGUCACAGCAUCGAGGAUGUGUCAUGUCGUAGGGGCAGUUUUGGCGAUUC